UGUAACCACAGCUGUCAGGCAGCUGAAACAAAUCAUUAACCUUCCUUUCAGAUCACCAGAACAACCACCAACUGUCUGCCAGCGGGCGGAGUUUCUUAAAUCACCUGUCCAAGAUGAAGGGAAUUCUGGUUCCCGGCCGAGGCCGACCGAGCAAAGUCACCAAGCCGACUACCCCUUCACGUCCUCGCCCCGGUCGUCGAGUCGGCGGCAUCAAUGACUCUUUUCCUCAAACCUCCGAUCUCGAGCCACAAGAUGAUGACAAUCCCGACGCCAGCGGCGAUGAGGAUAGCCAUCAUCAUCCCACAUUUGAUACAGAGGCUGCUAUAGCUGCCGCCGCCGCCGCUCAACAUCAUCAUGAGCAACAACAGCAUCAGCAACACCUAGACCUGACCGCUGCCAAUAUUCUAGCCAACAGCGUUCAGAAUCCUGAUGAACAGCAUGACGGGCUUGGUGGAAGUCAUAUGGAAGAUGAUGUCCCAAGGGUUGAGACUACUGCUGAGAUCGCUGAGCGAUCUGGGUAUCAUAAUAUUGUUAUUGAGAGCGCCUUAGCCAAGCGACUGGCUACUGAACCCGGUGCCCGACCUGCACAACAACGUCGACCCGAACAAACUCUGAACCUGGCUCGACGUAGUAACGUUGAGGCUCUUUUCGCGCACAUUUCAGGUGAAGAACCACCUCAGCCCUGCAAAAACUGCCAUAAAGGCCAUGGGCCGUGGACCAGUUGUGUUGUGGUCAAUGGCCAACUAUGCGGUAGUUGCGCUAAUUGUUGGUUCAAUGCAUCCGGAGCCCGUUGCUCUUUUCAUGCACGCAACCCUCCAGCAAACUCCCAGAUGCUCGGCGGUGAUGGCAUGGGCUUCCAGAUGCCCUCUGUGGCAGCUUCUGCCAUGGCACCCUUUACAUUUGCGUCGCUUCCAGCCUCUAGCGACCCGCAGGUCCGGCAUAACGUACAGCAGACCAUUGCGCAGUUCCGCGGUUCGGACAAAAAGACCCGCCACAUGCUCUUGAUCGAAGCUAGUGCGCGCAUAAUGGCUUCUCAUAUUAUCCAGUACGAGGAAGCCGUCGAGGAGGAACAGAUGCAGUCCGGCCAGCAGGGAGCUGCUCAAGCGGUUAUGACUGAGCAAGAUGGUUCCUAGGCAUAGCCAUACGCUCUCGCCCUCGCCCUCGCCCUCGCUAUCGUAGCAUUCGCCCUGCUCCAACCCGUCAGCAGCACGCUGAAGUGCCCAUGCAGCAUAUGCCCCGGUACCCUAUCCGGGGUUCCAGCCAAAUUGCAUCUCCAUCACAGAAUCCCAGACAGGGAACUAGGCUUGGCGGACUUGGCUUUGAGAGCGCGGCCCUGUA